GUCAGUUUGUAUUUACUAACCAAAUAACACUCACGUGUUAUUUAAUUUAUAACAUUCAUAAACUGGAUAAAGAAAUAUUAUAACACUAUAGUGAUUAUAAUUAAUAAAUCAAUUAUACCAUGGGUAAGCAAAGAAAAACGAGAAAAAUCGUCGAAAAACGAUUUGCACAAAUGAAAAAGAUUAUUAGUCCAAGUGAUAACAGAAUAAAGGCCAGUGAGAGAGCAGAACCUAGAAAAAAAAAGAAAAUUGAUCCACAUGAGGUUAAGAUUCGUGAAGUACCACAAGCGAGUUCUGCUUUAUUUUUUCAAUACAACACCCAACUGGGACCUCCGUAUCACAUUUUAAUUGAUACGAAUUUCAUAAAUUUCUCUAUAAAGAACAAAUUGGAUGUUAUACAGAAUAUGAUGGAUUGUUUAUAUGCUAAAUGUAUUCCAUAUGUAACAGACUGUGUUCUAGGCGAGUUGGAAAAACUCGGUCGUAAGUAUAGGGUUGCUCUAAGAAUAAUAAAAGAUCCACGUUUUGAAAGACUUGCUUGCUUACAUAAAGGUACCUAUGCUGAUGAUUGCAUAGUACAAAGAGUAACACAACAUAAAUGUUAUAUUGUCGCAACAAAUGACAAAGACCUAAAGAGGAGAUUACGAAAAAUACCAGGUGUUCCCAUUAUGUAUGUGGCUCAACAUAAGUAUACCAUAGAAAGAAUGCCUGAUGCCUAUGGUGCUCCUAAAGGUGCAGUAUAGUAAAUAAGUGAAUAAAGUUUUUUUUUUAACUUU